AUGGGGCUGGAGGGGGAAACGACGGCGGCGGCGGCGGUGCACGGGCACCGGCUGUCGACGGUGGUGCCUAGCUCGGUGACGGAGGUGGAGGGGUACGAGCUGGGGGACGCGGACCUGGCGUUCCGGCUGCACUACCUGCGCGGGGUGUACUACUACGCGGCGGGGGAGGUGGUGCGCGGGGUGACCACCAAGGUGCUCAAGGACCCGAUGUUCCCCUGGCUGGACGCCUACUACCCCGUGGCCGGCCGCGUCCGCCGCCCCGCCGACGACGCCGGCGCCGAGCAGGAGGCCUCGCGCCGGCCCUACGUCAAGUGCAACGACUGCGGCGUCCGCAUCGUGGAGGCCCAGUGCGAGCGCGCGCUGGACGAGUGGCUCCGCGACGACGCCGUCGACCGCGUCCGCCAGCUCUGCUACGACAAGGUGCUCGGCCCGGAGCUCUUCUUCUCCCCGCUGCUCUACGUCCAGGUCACAAAGUUCAAGUGUGGAGCGAUGGCGCUCGGGUUCAGCUGGGCGCACCUCAUCGGCGACGUGGCCACGGCGACGACCUGCUUCAAUCACUGGGCAAAGAUACUGGGCGGCAAGACGCCAGACGCCGUCACCGUGAACCCCAGGAACGAGCCGCAAGACCGCGCGCCUGCCGACGCCGCCGUGCCGCGCUCCGUGAAGUCGGUCGGGCCCAUCGAGGACUACUGGUUUGUCCCCGCCGGCGUCGACAUGGCGGGCUACUCCUUCCACGUCACCGAGCCGAUGCUCACGAGGCUGCAGCAGCAGGAGCCAGCGGCUGCCGGCGGCGCCUUCGAGCUCAUCUCGGCGCUCCUGUGGCAGACGGUGGCGAAGAUCAGGGCCGCCAAGGAGGUGAAGACGGUGACGGUGGUGAGGAACGACAUGUCGGCCAGGAGCGGCAACUCCCUGGCCAACGAGCAGAGGGUCGGGUACGUGGAGGCGGGCUCCCCGCCGGCCAAGACCGACGUGUCCGAGCUGGCGGCGCUGCUGGCCAAGAACGUCGUCGAUGAGACCGCGGCGGUGGUCGCGUUCCCGGGGGACGUGAUCAUCUACGGCGCCAACCUAACGUUCGUGGACAUGGAGCAGGUGGACCUGUACGGGCUGGAGAUCAAGGGGCAGAGGCCCGCGCACGUGGAGUACGGCUUGGACGGCGUCGGCGAGGAGGGCGCCGUGCUGGUGCAGCCGGACGCCGACGGGCGCGGCCGCGUCGUCACGGCGGUGCUCCCCAAGGACGAGGUGGAGGCCCUCCGCGCCGCGCUCGGGAGCACGCUCCUGCAGCCGGCUCCCUGA